CUGGAACCAUCGACUGGCUUCAUGCCGCUUCCACCCGCGCGCUAACUAAACCGUCGCAUAUAAAACCAAAGGAGGAGAGAGAGAGAGAGAGAGAGAGAGAGAGAAGGGUUCGUAAAACGCUCACAAAAGUGGUGUGGCGUUGGCCAUGGCGGAGCCGGAGCCGGAGCCCCAGCGCGCUCUUCCGAAGACACCGGCGGCGGGGGCGUGGCGGAGCGGCGUGCACUUCCCGAACCCGCCGGAGACGGCGACGUGGAGCGCCGGCCCGCGCUACCCGAACCCGCCGGACCCGGCGAACCCGGACCCGGCGACGCUCCGCGAGCAGUGGCUCUUCGCGACGCGGCGCUACAGCCGGUGGUACUCCCGCGCCUGGGGCGCCGCCGCCCUCGCCGCCCUCUCCUUCUUCGCCCUCGGCCGGGCCCUCAAAGGCUCCAACCCCAUCCCCUCCCACAACCCCCACCCCGCCUCCACCUCCGCCUCCUCCUCCGCUGCCGAUGAUAACCACCACAGGAGGAACCAGAAAUUGUUUCUAAAUGCUUGGUCAUGUCAGCAAUCCGUCACCUUGCUGUCAGAGAACAUACUCAUGAUAGAAUAGAUAUCGAGAAUGUUUACUUAACCGGCUACCUCGUGGUGUUCUGACGCUGUUAAUUGUAUCUAUUUUAUCAGGUAACUAUGUUUUGUCAAAAGCUUUGUAAAAAGGGUGUUAACAGCGCGAUCGCGUGUAGAAAAGCCAUGGUAGAGCAAAGUGCAGCGGCAGCAGCAGAAAGUUAGAUUAGAAGGAUGCAAUAUCCAAACAAGGAGAAUGCUCCUUUUUAAGUUGUUUUUUGAGGUUCUUGUGUAUGUACAUUAGCGAGCUUGAAACAGUGAUUUUGUGUAUAAAUGUUUGUAUGUUUAAUAUGAGCCGAGUGAUUUUGUAUAUAAAUGUUUGUAUGUUUAAUAUGAGCCGAAGUUCUCACGCACUUUGGUUUGACAUGGAUUAGAAAUUUGAUAAAUUGUAGGUGAUGUUGUUUGAGUAUUUGAUAUGAACUGUGGAGAAAAGGAAGGUGCAGUUUUAUGA